AUGCUGGAAAAUACAGGGAGAGCACGCUCCAGCCCCAUUCUGGCAUGGCCACACCGAGCCAGCGAGGAAGUGUCCCCUGGUGUGGGCUGGCGGGACUUAGGAGAAAGCUUCCUCAGGGAAGCCUUCCUGGAGGAGGCGGCACUGGCCAUUGAACUUCAGCGCACCUGCAGACGGCAGAUGACCGACUGCUUUGUGAGAGGCACAGGCGCCCAAAGGCCCGGCCCUGUCAACGCUGAUGAGGCUGCCCGCGCGGCGCCCUUCCACCUCGACCUCUGGUUCUACUUCACGCUGCAGAACUGGCUUCUGGACUUUGGCCGCCCCAUUGCCAUGCUGGUGUUCCCUCUCGAAUGGUUUCCGCUCAACAAGCCCAGCGUGGGGGACUACUUCCACAUGGCCUACAACGUCAUCACGCCCUUUCUCCUGCUCAAGCUCAUCGAGCGGUCCCCCCGCACCCUGCCACGCUCCAUCACCUACGUCAGCAUCAUCACCUUCAUCAUGGGUGCCAGCAUCCACCUGGUGGGUGACUCCGUCAACCACCGCCUGCUCUUCAGUGGCUACCAGCACCACCUGUCUGUGCGCGAGAACCCCAUCAUCAAGAAUCUCAAGCCCGAGACACUGAUCGACUCCUUUGAGCUGCUUUACUACUACGACGAGUACCUGGGCCACUCCAUGUGGUACAUCCCUUUCUUCCUCAUUCUCUUCAUGUACUUCAGCGGCUGUUUCACUGCCUCUAAAGCCGAGAGUGUGAUGCCAGGGCCUGCCCUGCUGCUGGUGGUGCCCAGUGGCCUGUACUACUGGUACCUGGUCACCGAGGGCCAGAUCUUCAUCCUGUUCAUCUUCACCUUCUUCGCCAUGCUGGCCCUCGUCCUGCACCAGAAGCGCAAGCGCCUCUUCCUCGACAGCAACGGCCUCUUCCUCUUCUCCUCCUUCGCCCUCACCCUCUUGCUGGUGGCACUCUGGGUGGCCUGGCUGUGGAAUGACCCUGUACUCAGAAAGAAGUACCCAGGUGUCAUCUAUGUCCCUGAGCCCUGGGCUUUCUACACCCUCCAUGUCAGCAGUCAUCACUGAGACCCUGGCACUCCGCUGGGUGGGAAAUGGGCCACAGAGGGCAUCUGAGCACGGGUGUGUGCGGGUGUGGACGUGGGUGGGCAUGGGUGUGCAGCCAGUGCUGAGAACACGGGCGGAGUGUGCCUCGUACACAGAGAUAGGGGUGUGUGUGCACACGCAGCUGUUGCGUAUGCGUGUUCAGAGUGCAUCAUUGUAAGACUUGACUAUUUUCGUCAAGUUUCUGUUUGAUUUGGAUCUUUUUAGGAUCGGAUUUAGUUUUAGGGAGAAUGUUGAGGCCAGGGUCUGGGCCCCUGCCCUCCUCUGCACCCGACGUUGCUGGGGGGCCCUGCUCUUCCUGGGGUGUCUUCAGGUAGCUGUGCAGGAGAGGCCUGAGUAGGGCAGAAGCCAGGAGGGGACUUGUCGUUUCACCCACUCCCUGCCUGGCUCAUCGCUCAGGCCCGCCCUGACCCUGGCCGUUAGGUUACAUGGAUCACGUCAACUUCCUGUGCAUUGUUGCGCAAAGCACUAACCCGCUCUGGGCCUCAUUUGCACUAGAUGGGCCCGUGGUCCCAAAGCGGGUCAGUGGGCUGGGGAUGGACGAGGGGCUCUGUCCUGUCACUGUCUCUCCCAGCCUGGGAGGGUAUAUGCACCCCAGACCCUCGCCCACCCUGGCCCCGGGGAGCCAGAGGCCCAGCUCACUGCCUUGACUGCACCAGCCUGAGCUGGGGGUCCGGCAGUGCUAGCUCUCCUGCCCUCUGCCCCUCCCUCUACCUGCUCCCACUCAGCAGAAUUGUGGCACCCUGGCUGCAGGUUUCUGCCUGCCCCUGAAGGCAGAGUUCUCAAAUGCUGGCACUGCUCCCUGAGCCCCAUUGUAGGGGUCACGGGACACCUGGAGGCUCUCUCCAGUCAGCCUGUCUCAGCCUGAAUCCCACCCUGCUGCCAGUGGCCCUGCUCCCAGCACAGGGAGUCCUCCUCAGCACGGUGGGCCUCCCUGCCCCACCUCCCAGCCUGCCCGCCGCCUUCCAGGCAUUGGGUCCAGGUCCCCUUGUAGCAAAUGGCGCCAUACCCUCAUUUUUAGCCAGCGCUGGCCCAUGUGCACUUGUGGGUCUCAGGGGGAGGGGGGAGCAGCCUUGCCGUACCCAGGCCCAGCCUCCCUUCCUGUGCUCUCAGGGAGCCCCUGUACCUCACAGGCUCCUUUCAUGUUGGGGUCCCCCAGCCCUUGGGUCAGUCCCUGUCUGCUGGCAGCAUCGGAGGGGAAGUGUGAAUAAAAGCUGGUG